GCCUGAGGGUUCGCUUCCCGCCCAUCCCCUUCUCCCCGCAUUUUAGCGCUGUCCGCGGUGCUGAUCUCCAAUCUCCGGCUUGCCAUUUCCAACAGCGGGGAUCUCUGGUGCGCCCAACCUCCCCCCGCCGGCCUCCAGUCUCUCUUUCUCCAGGCACCUCACACGAAAAUCACGGGUGGAAGGCAGGCUUGGUUCCCCCUGCGCCGGGAAUCUGCUGCCCCCUCUCUUGCUCACAGAGGGUUUUGCAGCAGUGGUGACAGCAGCCGCUGAUUCGGGCUCUGGGGAAGCAAUUGAUUCGUCUACUGCCAGCAGCCCGGAGUUGCCUACGCGGACCACGGAGAGAAAGAGAGGAACAGGGGAAGGGAGAGGACUCACAGAGUGAAAACCUUCAUCCAUGUGGAGGACAGUCUGAGGGAGCCUCUGUCUUUGCCUUGUCUAUUGACUGGUCUGAGUUCUUUCCUCUUCUGGCAGCAUCUCCACUGAGCUUUCAAACCAAGUCAUCCGGAGUUAGCAUCUUCCCACCCAGCAGGGAAGGGAGGAGUUGGCAAGAAUUUGGCUCACCCAUUCCCCCUGCAAUCCUCUGGUGUCGUGUUAUUUGAGGAGCUGCAGUGUGGGACUCUGGGAGAGCCAGACCUGAGUUCAAAUUCUGACUCCAAUGCUUCCUUGCUGUGUGACUUCAGGCAAGACCCUUCACCUCUCUGAGGCUGUUUCCUCAUUAAGUAUAUCAAGGAGCACCGGCCUUCUGCCAUGACUGACACCGUAUUCAGCACCAGCUCUAGCCGUUGGGUGUGUCCCAGUGACCGACCCCUUCAAUCAAAGCUCCAGGCAGGCUGGCCCGUCCAUCCCAGUGGUCAGCCCGACAGACAGAGGAAGCAGGAAGAGCUGACGGAUGAGGAGAAGGAAAUCAUCAACAGGGUGAUCGCUCGGGCUGAGAAAAUGGAAGAGAUGGAGCAGGAACGAAUUGGGCGCCUGGUGGACCGUCUGGAGAACAUGAGGAAGAAUGUGGCCGGGGACGGGGUGAACCGCUGCAUACUGUGUGGAGAGCAGCUGGGGAUGCUGGCCUCUGCCUGUGUGGUGUGUGAGGACUGUAAGAAGAAUGUCUGCACCAAGUGUGGGGUGGAGACCUCCAACAAUCGUCCUCAUUCCGUGUGGCUCUGCAAAAUCUGCAUUGAGCAAAGAGAGGUAUGGAAGCGUUCUGGAGCAUGGUUCUUCAAGGGCUUCCCCAAACAGGUCCUCCCCCAGCCUAUGCCUAUAAGGAAGCCCAAGACCCAGCAGCCAGUCAGUGAGCCCACUGUCCCUGAGCAGCCCACCCAGGAGCCCAAGCACGCUGCCCGGGCUCCAACUCGAGGUGACACUGAAGACAAGAGGGGCCCAGGUCCGAAGACAGGCCCUGACCUGGCCUCUACUCCUGGGCGAGGAAGUUAUGGGCCCCCUGUGCGCAGGGCCAGCGAGGUGCAGGCGAGCUCAUCUAGCCUGGACCCAGAGAGCUGGGACCAGGGUCACACCGGAGACUCCAGCCGGAGCCCAGCAGGUUUGAGACGGGCCAACACUGUCCAGGCCUCCAGACCUGCCCCUGCCUCCAUGCAGAGCCCAGCACCUCCUCAGCCUGGGCAGCCAGGACCCCCAGGAGGCAGCAGACCGAGUCCUGGGCCAGCAGGUCGCCUUCCAGAUCAGAGACCAGAGGUGGCUCCCAGUGAUCCUGGCUAUGCAGGGGCUUCUGCCCCACCGCGGGAGGACAGAAUGGGGGGAGUUGGCUACUCAGCAGUCGGAGCCAGGGAGAACCGCACAGGCCACCCUCCAGGUCCCUAUUCCCAGGCGUCUGCUGCUCCCCAGCCUGCUGGGGUCCCCGCCCGCCAGCCCCCACCUCCAGAGGAGGAAGAAGAGGAAGCCAACAGCUAUGAUUCGGAUGAAGCAACCACCCUUGGUGCCCUGGAGUUCAGCCUUCUCUAUGAGCAGGACAACAGCUCUCUGCACUGCACCAUCAUAAAGGCCAAGGGACUGAAGCCCAUGGAUUCCAACGGCUUGGCUGAUCCUUAUGUUAAGCUGCACCUCUUGCCGGGAGCCAGCAAGGCCAACAAGCUUCGUACAAAAACCCUGCGGAACACCCGGAACCCUGUCUGGAAUGAGACUCUCGUCUACCACGGUAUCACGGACGAGGACAUGCAGAGGAAGACCCUCAGGAUCUCUGUCUGUGAUGAGGACAAAUUUGGCCAUAACGAGUUUAUUGGUGAGACCAGAUUCUCCCUUAAGAAAUUGAAGCCCAACCAGAGGAAGAAUUUCAAUAUCUGUCUGGAGCGGGUGAUCCCCAUGAAGCGUGCCGGGACCACCGGGUCAGCCCGAGGCAUGGCCCUUUACGAGGAGGAGCAGGUGGAGCGUAUUGGUGACAUAGAGGAACGUGGCAAGAUCCUGGUGUCCCUCAUGUACAGCACACAGCAGGGAGGCCUCAUCGUGGGCAUCAUACGCUGCGUGCACUUGGCUGCCAUGGAUGCUAAUGGCUACUCAGAUCCAUUCGUCAAGCUGUGGCUGAAACCAGACAUGGGAAAGAAAGCCAAACACAAGACUCAAAUUAAGAAGAAAACCUUGAAUCCCGAGUUUAAUGAGGAGUUUUUCUACGAUAUCAAACACAGUGACCUGGCAAAGAAGUCCCUGGACAUCUCAGUCUGGGACUAUGACAUCGGCAAGUCCAACGAUUACAUUGGAGGCUGCCAGCUGGGGAUCUCAGCCAAGGGAGAGCGCUUGAAACACUGGUACGAGUGUCUGAAAAACAAGGACAAGAAGAUCGAGCGCUGGCACCAGCUACAGAACGAGAAUCACGUGUCAAGUGAUUAGGAUGGUGGCCAGGCCCCCAGCCCCUGCCCCACCCGUGCCCAGUCACCCCUAGCCUGCCCCAGCUGCCCGUCACACUCUGGUCUCUCUUCUCCCGGCCUCCCCACCCAGCCCUUCCUGAGCCUGCCUUUGCAGUGCCCCCGCCCACGGGCACUGCCACCAAAGACCUCCUCCCUCGGCAAUGCUGCCAGGCCGCUGAGGAUGCGG